AUGACGGACUCCAGGCUAUUCAUGAGCCCAGACUUUUUAACAAAGUUCAAAGAUGAGUACCGCAAUUUGCCGUGCCUUUGGAAGGUUCGUUGCUCGGAAUAUUCCAACAAAUCAAAAAGAGAUAAAGCAUGGGAACAUCUCGUGGGGAUUACGCGGGAAAAAGUAGUGAAUGCAGACCUUAACUUCGUUAAGAAAAAAGUGGAUAAUAUUCGAGCAUCAUUCAGGAAUGAAUUGAGAAAGAUUCGCGAGAGCACGCGAAGUGGUGCGUCAUCAGAUGAUACGUACAUCCCAACUUUGUGGUACUUCGAAUUGCUCAAGUUUACCGCUGAGCAGGAACAGCCUCGACAAACAAUGAGCAAUUUGGACGAGGGCGAAGAGAAUCAUCUCGAAGAAGAAGCCGGUAUUGUUGAGGCCGAACCAAACGAAGAUGGGAACAACGCCGACAAUGAAGAAUUAUUGUACAGUGAAUCUCAGACUUCGUCCACAAAGCGGAAAAGAAUUUCACCUAAGCGAACAAAAAAUUUUAGUGCUGAGGAGGAAGUGUGCCAACGCAAAGCACUUCUAGAAAAGGCUUCUGCUGUACUAAAUAGACCGGAGGAUGAAUAG